AUGAGAGACUUCAAGGGAAGUGAUUACAGUUCUCUGUUGCUCAACCUUACCACCACCAGCCUCAACAAGGCCCAGAGGCGUUGGCGUAUUGCCUACGCUGCCAUCUACUCCGUGAGGGCUAUGCUCUCUCUCGUUAAAGAGAUAGUUCCCGGAAGGAUUGAUCCCAAAGCCUCUGAUGCCUCCUUCUCUCUCUCCUACACAGCCCUCGAGUCCGGUGAUGUUGCAAACAACAACUCUAUGCCUCUCUCUUAUGUUCCUGCUAUCGAUCAGGAACGACUUGUUGAGAUUAUGAAGAUUAAGGACUUACCGGGCAUCCGAGCCUUAGGUGGCGUGGAGGGUGUCGCCGCUUCCCUUAGGACAAACGCCACCAAAGGAAUCCACGGGAAUGAGCAAGAGGUCAGUAGACGCCGUGACCUCUUUGGCUCUAACACCUACCACAAGCCACCGCCUAAAGGACUUCUCUUCUUUGUCUAUGAAGCUUUCAAGGACACAACCAUCUUGAUCCUCUUGGUCUGCGCCACUCUAUCCCUUGGCUUUGGUAUUAAAGAACACGGCAUCAAAGAAGGCUGGUAUGAAGGUGGAAGCAUCUUCGUAGCAGUCUUUUUGGUCAUAGUUGUCUCUGCUCUCAGCAAUUUCAGGCAGGAGAGACAGUUCCACAAGCUGUCCAAGAUAAGCAAUAAUAUCAAAGUGGAAGUCCUUAGAGACAGCAGGCGUCAACAUAUCUCCAUAUUUGAUGUUGUUGUUGGUGACGUUGUCUUCUUGAAGAUCGGAGACCAGAUUCCGGCUGAUGGUCUGUUCUUGGAUGGGCACUCACUUCAGGUGGACGAGUCUAGCAUGACCGGAGAGAGUGACCAUCUUGAAAUCGAUCACAAGGAUAACCCCUUCUUGUUCUCCGGGACGAAGAUAGUCGACGGCUUUGCUCAGAUGCUGGUCGUCUCUGUGGGUCCGUCUUGA